CUAAAGAUGUGUGCGUGGGUAUCACAAAUGUAAAACCGUACACGCGUUGGAACAUGUGCACAAAACGCAGAUGUGUGAAACAAUCGUUUGCCACAACCUCUGAUCGGACACUAUACUUGUCGGUUUUAGUGUUCUUUCAUUGAAAAUGAGACACGUGCAUAUCAUGAAGUCUGGUUCAUACCUUUCGAACACUUUACACGUCAGUUUAAGUGUUCUUGCAUGUUUAAUUAUACACAUACAUUUCAAACCCGUCAGUGGUCUUGACAAUGGCUAUUUGACCCAGAUUGAUCCUCGUAAAAUAUAGAACUUUGUCCUUUUACGAUUAAUUACCGACGAAUGAGGUCACACAGUUUCUUUUUGUGACGAACAUCAUGCAUUGAUAGACAUAAUGAAUCAGUGUAUGGAGAGUUACAUCUCAUAUGUCAUUACGUCUUCCAAUUAACUGUAAGCACACUAUUAGCUUAUGUAUACUAAAGUUUAUGGACGUCCGAACAUGAAGAAUGAAUCCUCCUCCUCCUUGUCCUUAUCAUCAUCAUCAUCAUCAUCAUCGUCAUCAUCAUCAUCAUCAUCAUCAUCAUCAUCAUCAUCAUCAUCAUCAUCAUCAUCAUCAUCAUCAUCAUCAUCAUCAUCAUCAUCAACAUCAUCAUCAUCAUCAUCAUCAUCGUCAUCAUCAUCAUCACCACCACCACCAUAUUGUUAUAUACAUUGUAAUUACCAGGCAGCGCUGUAGCAAGUACUUUAUCAGCUGUAUGUCAAUUGAAUAUGAACAUAUUUUAUCUAUUUUCAGAACGUUGCAACUUUAGGCGAACCGAUUUUAACGAUCGAUCCUUUCGCGUCCGGAACCGUCGCGUCCGCCUCCUCUUCCGGUGCAAGUGCCUCGGCGGCGUCGACAGCCGGUAGUUCCCGAACGUCAUCAGUGUCCAGUAGCGUAUCUAGGAUACAGAGACCAGUGUCCGGAAGUUCGGCAUCUGCAUCAGCCCUGCGUCGAGCCUUCAUUACAACGAUAAAUGGGCAGAACGUGCUCGUGGUUCCUUCCGGCGCUCAUGCAGGACUCAGAAAUCUAGCAUCCAGGACACCUUCCGGAAGUAACCUUCGCAACAGCAACCUGGGGAAUGGCUUAGGUACAAUGGUAGUUCCUGAAUCAAGUCUUAAUAUAUCGCCGAUGCAGCAGCUUCAGUUAAAACAACAACAACAACAAAAUAGCCUCUUGCAGUCGGCACCACCGGGCCUCCAGUUCCUGGGUAGGUCGAUUCCGACCGGAAACAUCAUUUUAUCCGGCCAGAAUCCUGUGCAGACACAACUCGUCGCACAACCGUUACAGCAGGCAGCCGAUGGAAUCUUCAUUGACGUGAACACUGGGCAGCAGGUGUUUGGGCAACCUGUCUUGCAGCAAAAUGGCGGAAGCGUCAUUUUCUCCGGUCAAGCUCCCUUGCGGACACAGCUCGUCGCGCAACCGUUACAGCAUACAGCAGGUGGCAUUUUCAUUGACGCAAACACUGGGCAGCAGGUUUUUGCCCAAACUGCAAGUCAACAAAACGGCGGCGGUUUAAUUUUCGUCGAUAAUCCAUCUCUUCCAACUCAGGGGAACCCAAUAUUUGAUUCCGUCGGGCAAGCGGCGACCCUCGGCGUCACUCCCGGACAGCCGAGUUUUUCGCAGCAGGGUAUCCCUAUACCAAACUCACAACACCUUCGUCUUAUUGGCCUAACGCCCCGCGGCGAUUUGAUCAUCGAUGGCCCUGGAGGAACAAUAACAAUUGGAGCUGAUGUUUUAAACGGCAUUAUUACACCGAACGCGUUUCCCGUGGCAACAGAAUUUGAGGAACUAGAAAACGAACUAUUGAGGGGUACUAGGGGGAAUAAAAAUAAAGUAAAGGUUUUGGACCCCGGAAAUGGGGCGAUAACGCUUGAAAAGAAAACUCCUGCUGGCCGUAACAACGGUGGAAGCGGCUUAAAGACAGUGGAGGCGUCGUCAUCAUCAUCAACAGCAGACACAAAAGCGGUAGCUGCAGCUUCCUCAUCAGCGAGUGCAGGCGGCGCGUCGGCAUCGUCAAGUGCCGGGUCCGCGUCCGCCUCCAGUAAUUCUUUGACUGGCAGAGUCGUGCUUGGGAACGGAGUGACUUUAAACAAUGGUGUCAUCACCAUCGACAGUGCAGCGGGAAAUUCCCAACUCAACAUUGGCGGAAUCUCGCACGGGCAUCAGUCAGAAGGAGCUUCGGGUAUUCAGGCCCCUGGAAACGCAACAAUUUUAAUUACCGGUUAAUAUUUAUGUCACAAACAAUUUAGCCUAUUCAAUUUAUCACUAACUUAUCUUACACAAAUACACGUGUCAGUUACAAAAUGGGGACCCAUUCAACAUCAUCCGUUCAUGACCCCAACUUAUUCGAGUAACGUGACACUGACGUCAUUAAACGUUCGCAAGGAAUGUACCCCGUGACCACGCUUUCGGUCGGCAGUCCGCCAUGCGACACCGGAAUCGAAUGGUAAAAGCUUCCGGUAGGGCCAACAACUUUCUAGUGAAAAAUACACGCUCAAUCGAUGAAAGUGUGACUUUCCGAUGGAACUUUUUUUCAAAUAUUUGUUAAUACGCGGCGACCCUGAAAUAUAUGCGAUGAAUGUUUCUGUCAUUUUUCCAUUGUAUGGCUGGUGAAAAAAUGGUGUGCGUGCG